AUGGUGCACGAAAAUGCUAAUGUUUCCGCCUGUAUGGAGGCUUUCGGGGUGGCUGAAGAGUGGGCUGCGGAGCCCGCAAGCACCCAGAGUAAAGCACAGAGGUUUAACCAGCAGUGGUCGCCUAACAGAGCUAAACCUGUACAAAUGAACUCUAGAGAAGUCAUCUGCCACAACUGCUCUGGUGUGGGGAACAUACAAAGGAACUGUCCCUCUUCCCGAAAACGCAAACAGCAUGCACCUAAUAACACUCCAGCUCCUGACUCAGGUACGGUGGUCACAUGCAAUAAAGGCUCUGAUGAUGACAUGAGUAUCCGGAUACUGAUACAGGGACAUGAACUGUGUGCUCUGCUCGACUCUGGCGCUCGGAGGAAUGUACUCCCCCUCCGCCACUUCAACGCCAUUCCUGUUGAAUCGAGGCCUCAAAUCCAGCCAUCCAUCGUACAAGUAUUACAAGGCAUCGGUCCCGAGGGCAUCGCUGUCCGAGGGGAAGUCAACCUGCCAGUUCAAGCCGGAAGCAAGGUAACCAAUGUGAACUUUAUUAUAGCAGACACAGCUGAAAAUACAGAGGUUAUCCUGGGGCACCCUUUUCUGCUGCAGUCACAUGCUCACUUGGACUAUGGUCGCAGGGAAAUCACCCUCUUCGGUGAGAGAGUGCCUCGCUCAAAACCCAGCAGACAGCCUGAAGUGCACCUCGUCAGGGUAUCCCGCACAACAGUAUUGGAGUCGGGGUGUGAGUAUGUGGUGCCUGGUACUGCCCGCCUCCGCUCUGCUGUUAACAAAGAUAUGAUGCUGACCCCCACUAAAGGCUUUGUUGAGAGACAGCACGUCCUGGCAGCCCACAUUGUUGUACAGACCCGGCAUUCCUCCAACAUUCCCAUGCGGAUUUACAAUCCUGGUCCUGCAUCUGUUACUCUGAAGAGAGGGGUGGUGGUCGGAGUUCUUCAGCCAGCGGAGGUGUUGGGAGAAGUGGAUCUCCAUCCGACCAAGUCCCCAGUAACAUCAGACCCCAAUGACUUUCCUGUUAUAUCUGUGCCCAGUCAUCUACAGGACAUGUAUGCAGAGAGCUGUGCUCACCUGUCUGAGGAGGACAGAGCCGGGCUAGCUCACGUGCUACGGAGGUUCGGUGAUGUCUUCUCCACCGGGCCCACUGACCUUGGCCGCACCAGCUUAGUGCAGCACGACAUACAGACUACUCCUGGGCAGCCUGUGAAGCAGCCGCCACGCAGAAUGGCCUGA